CUAGCCUACAUAUAGGCGGAGAGUGCGGUGUUCAUGCAGUAUCUGGACAUUCCCCUCGCUGCAACUGAGCAUCCCACAUCGGAGCUUCUCAAAUGGUCGGCUUCUUUUAUGAGAAGGGCAAACCAAUCCUGUGUGAGAAGAGAGGGUAUUGAACUCCACUGAACUAUCAACACUCAGGCUGGCAGCUUCAAAAGACAGAAAGCAAGCAAUCAUCUUAAAAAGCGAAUUGACAUGGGCGCGACAUCUAAAGGCGACGAUUUCACGACAUCUGUGAAGACCAACCUAGUGAAAUUUUACUUUUCGUGCAUGACCUAUCUUCAUUUAUCAUGAAAGAAACACAACGUUUUCCUGGCUGUGGAUCCAUGGAAUCUUGUCACAAUUUCUAUUUUUAAAUUAUAUCCUAGGCUACUCUAUUUUAAUUAAUGUAUAGCCUACGUACAAGCAGUUCAAUGAAAAGUUGAAGGACAGUUAACCUUAUCAAAGACGUAGGUUAUUCAACUUGUGAAAAACGCUUGUUAGUCUUCAUUCGGUCACACAGGCACCUCUCUUUAGAAGACUUUUGGUUCACCGAAGACUGAACACGCUGAAAUGCUGAUGAAAGAGUACAGAAUAUGUAUGCCACUUACCGUGGAGGAGUACAGGAUAGGCCAGCUGUACAUGAUCAGCAAGCACAGUCUGGAGCAGAGCGAGCGAGGGGAGGGUGUGGAGGUCGUCCAGAACGAGCCCUACGAGGACCCCACGCACGGCUUGGGCCAGUUCACCGAGAAGCGGGUCUAUCUCAACAACAAGCUGCCAAGCUGGGCAAGAGCAGUGGUCCCCAGAAUAUUCUAUGUGACAGAGAAGGCCUGGAACUACUAUCCACACACAAUCACAGAGUACACAGUGAGUACCUUCCACUCUCUCCCUUCAUCUCUCCAGUGCUCAUUUCUGCCAAAGUUCUCCAUUCAUAUAGAAACUAAGUAUGAGGACAACAAAGGCAGCAACGACAACAUUUUCGACACCGUUGAGAAGGAUGAGACAACGGAGAUGUGCUUCAUUGACAUCGCCUAUGACGAGAUCCCUGAACGCCAUUACAAAGAGUCAGAGGACCUCCGCUACUUCACGUCAGAAAAGACAUCAAGGGGCAUGCUGAAGGAGGACUGGAGGGACACCCAUGAGCCCAUCAUGUGCUCCUACAAACUGGUGACCGUCAAGUUUGAAGUGUGGGGCCUACAGACCCGUGUGGAACAGUUUGUUCACAAGAUUGUUAGGGAGGUCCUUCUGUUGGGUCACAGGCAAGCAUUUGCUUGGGUUGAUGAAUGGAUUGACAUGUCCAUGGAGGAGGUGCGGGAGUAUGAGCGUGUCACACAGGAGGCCACCAACAAAAAGAUCGGCUCCUUCCCCCCUGCCAUUACCAUCAGCCAGACCCCACUGGCAUCCUGCGGCCCCUCCAGCGCGCCCACCACCCCCCUCUCCACCGAGCCCCCUGACUUCCUGCCCGUGCCCAAGGACCGGCCCCGCAAGAAGUCAGCCCCCGAGACGCUCACGCUCCCCGACCCAGCACGCCGCCGAAGCUCCUCUUACCGGCUGCCCAGUUUGUUCUCUUGGCCCAGCUCGUCCCAGAACGAGUGAGAGACACUCCCAUGGACAGAACAUGCAACCAGUGGGGAUGCCAUGUUUCUAAAUCGGUUAUGGCUCUGUCUGAGACAGACAGGGGAAGAGGGAGACACAAGGCACAUGCUCAAGAUAUACAGUGGACACUCCUUGUGUAAACCGUCUCACCUAACUGCUUCAGGAAAUCUCAGGAUUCAUAUACACAGAAUAAGGGGCAGAAUUUAAAGACAAGAAUUUCAUGGCUUAAGCAGAAACAGAUUGAAUUGCAGAAUGACAAUAACAUUUUGAGUAAAAAAAGAGUAUAAUGUUAGUAUGGAGCCAGGAGCAGUUUACAUUGUAGUAUCAAAUGCAACUGAACUGUCCAAAACAUUCACCAAGUCCCCUCCAGUGCCACCAACCGACUAAAGAAGGUCAUGCAUUCACUGCUCAACUGUCAAUCAUUUUAUUCUCCACUUCCUGAUGUAGUGCACAUACUGUAGUGAUGUCAGUUUAUUGUACAUAGUGAUGUCAGUUUCUACUGUAUUGUAUAUUCAGACUGGUUAUUACCCGACCUAUUUUAAACAUCUCUUCCCAGACUGUGGUCUUGAUGGCCUUUAAAUUGUGUGUAGAUUUAGAGACACUUACAUGGAAGUGAUACCAUCUCAUUGAUUUUGUUGCAUGCAUUUGGUGAGCUACCUGUGGUUUGGUUUCUGUGAAAGUAAAGAUUGAAUUGCAUUAA